AUGUGUGGUAUCUUUGCAGCCUUCAAGCAUGAAGACGUUCAUGAUUUCAAACCAAAAGCUUUACAGCUAUCAAAGAGAAUCAGACACCGUGGCCCAGAUUGGUCCGGUAACGCCAUCAUGAACUCCACCAUAUUUGUUCAUGAAAGAUUGGCCAUUGUCGGUUUAGACUCUGGUGCCCAACCAAUCACUUCUUCUGACGGCGAUUACAUGCUUGGUGUUAAUGGUGAAAUCUACAACCAUAUCCAACUAAGAGAGAAAUGUUCCGACUACAAGUUCCAGACUUUCAGUGAUUGUGAACCUAUCAUUCCACUGUACUUGGAACAUGAUAUCGAUGCUCCAAAAUACUUGGAUGGUAUGUUUGCCUUCUGCCUAUACGAUUCCAAGAAAGACCGUGUUAUCGCUGCAAGAGAUCCUAUCGGUGUCGUCACUUUAUACAUGGGGCGUUGUUCCAAGUCUCCAAAGACUGUUUACUUCGCUUCUGAACUAAAGUGUUUAACCGAUGUUUGCGACAGUAUCAUUGCAUUCCCUCCAGGUCAUGUUUAUGAUUCCGAGACCGACAAGAUCACUCGUUACUUCACUCCAGACUGGUUGGAUGAAAAACGUAUCCCAUCCACCCCAGUGGAUUACCACGCCAUUAGACACAGCUUAGAAAAGGCCGUUAGAAAGAGACUAAUGGCUGAAGUUCCAUACGGUGUUCUAUUAUCCGGUGGUCUGGACUCUUCUUUGAUUGCUGCCAUUGCCGCUCGUGAAACUGAAACGGCUAAUGUCGAGGCCAACGAAGAAGCUGACGUUGAAAACAAAAAGCUUGCCGGUAUCGAUGACCAAGGCCAUUUGCACACAUCCGGUUGGUCUCGUUUACAUUCGUUUGCCGUUGGUUUACCAAACGCACCCGAUUUACAAGCUGCCAGGAAAGUCGCCAAGUUUAUUGGUUCUAUUCAUCACGAACACACCUUCACAUUGCAAGAAGGUUUAGACGCUUUGGACGAUGUCAUUUACCAUUUGGAAACUUACGAUGUUACCACCAUUAGAGCUUCCACCCCAAUGUUCUUACUGUCCAGAAAGAUCAAGGCUCAAGGUGUUAAGAUGGUUCUUUCUGGUGAAGGUUCAGACGAGAUCUUUGGUGGUUAUCUAUAUUUUGCCCAAGCUCCUUCUGCCGCCGAGUUCCAUACCGAAUCCGUACAACGUGUUAAGAACUUACAUUUGGCCGAUUGUUUGAGAGCCAACAAAUCUACUUUGGCCUGGGGUCUAGAGGCCCGUGUUCCAUUCUUAGACAAGGACUUUUUGCAACUGUGUAUGAACAUUGAUCCAAAAGAUAAAAUGAUCAAUUCUAAAGAGGGCCGGAUCGAAAAGUACAUUUUGAGAAAGGCUUUCGAUACCACAGAUGAACCAGACGUCAAACCAUACUUACCAGAAGAGAUUUUAUGGAGACAAAAGGAGCAAUUUUCCGACGGUGUGGGCUACUCGUGGAUCGACGGUCUAAGAGACACAGCUGAAAGAGUUAUUUCAGACGCUAUGUUCGCCAAUCCAAAAGCUAGCUGGGGUGACGACAUCCCAACUACUAAGGAGGCUUACUGGUACAGAUUGAAAUUCGAUGCCUGGUUUCCUCAAAAGACCGCCGCUGAUACCGUCAUGAGAUGGAUACCAAAGGCCGAUUGGGGAUGUGCCGAAGAUCCUUCAGGUAGAUACGCCAAAAUUCAUGAAAAGCACGUUAAUGCUUAA